AUGUUGUAUGUACAAAAACCGAUGAGAUAGAAAAAUAUUCCCUCUUACAUUCUCGGUGUAGAAUUUAAAUGACCGUCCGAUAUCUGCGCGUAACACUCGGUUACAAUUUGAAUACCUGAGUAGGCGAUCGUUUCACAAUUCCUACUUCAUAAUGCACUGAAUGUACAAUUAAUUUUAUUAUAUGGAAUUAGGAGUAACAGUCAAUGAUGACAAGAACGUUCACAAAAAUUACAUGAAUUGGGUGUUAUAUAUAUUUAGUUUUCAUUCUGCAUUCGUAGAAGUUAGUUCCGCAGAGAGUAAUAUGGAUAUUCUACACUCGAAUUUCACUAUUUUCAAUUACUGCGGUAUUUGGUGGCCGGACCAAUCUGCAUCCCCAAAGAAUCAUCUCUACAAUAUCUACACCGUGAUAACGGUAACCAUGGUGUACUUAUUCACGCUUACGCAAAUACUCGAUAUGGUUUAUGGGGAUUACAACUUGGAUGAAAUGACGAACAAUUCAUUUCUAAUGCUAACGAUGAUAGGACUCUGUUUCAAAAUCGUCAAUUUCUUACUCCGACGGCGAGGCAUCGUCGAUCUACUGAAUAUCCUACGUCGUGAUAUUUGCCGACCACGAAAUGAUUUCGAAUCUCAAAUACAAAUGCACUUCAACGGCUUGCCAGGUUUGUUUAACAAUAAAUUUUCGCAAAUCAACGGUCGAAUCUUGGAGAGUAUAUUAUUUGUAGCCGAGAUAAAAACUUCGAUAUCAUCGUUGACGUCCGUAUUGGUUGGCCGUAUGAUUUGUAAGUUGGGUAGAGUUAAAUGUGAUAUUUUUUGCAGGUCGAACACAUUUUUCCUCGCUGUUCUCGCAGACGUAACGGCAUUGGCAUUCCUGAUUAUACCAUUACUGACCAAAAGUGACAAGAAGCGGGAAUUACCUUUCAAAGCAUGGCUGCCCUUCAGUUUGUCACAGCUUACCGUAUAUUGGUUCAUGUACAUCCAGCAAGCAAUUACGAUACUGAUAGCCGCAAACUUGAACAUUGCGAGCGACACACUUGUAUCCGGAUUACUCGUUCAGGCUUGUGCUCAGUUAGAUAUCCUCAGAGACAGAAUAACUAGUAUGGCAAAACCACGUAGUACUACUACCGACGCUCUUGAAGAAGACAUUGUCGUCGAUCGAGAGGUAGAAUCAACGAUAAAAUCAUUCGUCCGACAUCACAUCGUAAUAUACAAGUUAGUUUCGAAAGAUUUGAACCAAUAGCUGUCUGUUUUCGGUAGACGAAAGAAAGAAUCAUAUAAAUGUACGAUUUUGUGUACCUGCAGAUUCGCAGCUAUGGUGCAAGAUAUCUUCAGCUGGGUUGUAUUUUUCCAAUUUUUUAUCAGUAUGCUGACGGUCUGCUGUAGCGUGUAUAAAUUGUCUCAAAAUAAUUUAGAUAGCAUUGAAAUCAUAUCAUUUUCAAUGUACCUUGUCUGCAUAUUGGUACAGUUGCUCUUCAACUGCUGGCAUGGGAACGAAGUCAAGCUUAAGAGUAUCUACGUGAGUGACGCCGUCUUUGCCUCUGACUGGACGUCACUGGAACCAAAAACAAGAAGAAGUCUCAUGCUAUUGAUGGCAAGAUCGAAUCGACCGAUAGUCAUUACAUGUGGCUCUAUGCUUACUUUAUCUCUUGAAACUUUCACGAUGGUCCUGAAAACUUCUUAUUCAGCCUUCAACUUGCUCAAGAAAGCUUGAGUUGAGAAAAUGCGAGGUCAGACAAGAUGGUCAAGAUGGAUUGUUUGAAAUCAAUGCGUAUGGCGCGCAAUUUCGUUAAUAUUGCCCAGUAUUUGUGACUUUCCUUAAUAAAUAGAAACAUUUAGUUAUUCGUCAAUUCACGCUUGUAUUUAGUUGGAAAAAAAUUCCUUCAUGUCACCGAUUGCGACCACGAAAGUGUGAGGAUCUGUUCGCGGUGUGGUCGUAAUGCGAAAUUGGUUAAACUCCGAAGGAGUGCCCAUUCCUGUUUAUCGUAGCGCGCGCUAAGCACUCGAUCCUGAACGAACCCAAGUGGGUUUUCAGUACACAGUAAAUUGGAGAAGAGAGAAAGAAAAAAUCGUUGAGGUAUUUAAGUAUUUCUCCUGAUAUUCCUCAUUGCUGAACAUAUACACGCAGUAGGAUCUAAAUGACCGUUCAUUAUGUCCGCGUAACGCUCGGUUACAAUUUAAAUACCUAAGUACGCGAUCGCUUCACAUUCCUUGCUUCAUAAUGCAUUGAAUAGACAAUGAAUUUUAUAGUAUAGAAUUAUGAGUAACAAUAGAUGAUUACAGGGUUACCAAAAUUCUGUAAAUGGCGUGUAAUAUGAUUUCAGUUU